AUGACGUCAUGCCGCGCGGGGCGUGACCCGCCGGGCCGUCUGUGCCUGCGCGGCCGGGACGUGCUGGUGGACGCCCUCUCUGUCCGUGUCCCCGCAGAGGGACGCGGCAUCUCCCGCGAGCAGGUACCCGACAUCAGUGUCAAUAUGCUAAAGGAUAAAUGGAAGAGCGUGAAGGACGCCUUUAUGCACCACAGGCGCAAGGAGAGGGAAUAUAGGAGUGGAUCGGCUGCCAGUGCGCCCUCAAGAUACAUACACGCAGAACAGCUUUCCUUUUUGAUUCCAUGUGUGGAAAUGCGUAGCACCGACCGUAGCUGGGAGCCUACUGUGAGGCAGGAAGAGGACGAGGAGGAGGACUCGGCCACACAGGGGACUGAGCCCACCCCCACCAAACCGUACACCACCACCAACCCCGUCUGCCCCACCAGCCCAGGCACCUGUACGCAGACGUACAAAUCUCAGGCCCCCCGGUCACCUGCCCCAUCGGGCAUAGCGAGGCGAUCCAGGUCAGAUGGCAAGGCCUAUUUGCAGGGGCGGGCCUGGAGCGGCAGGUCCAGAUUUCUAACAGGUCCAGGAUUCUACCAGAAUUAUGGACAGCACACCACAAGUGACCCUGACAUUGGAAGGAGUGUGGAUGCCAAACUUCUUGUCACUUUUGUCUCCUCCCAGAAUUCUGGUCUCCUCUUCCUUGCAACUGGAACAAGCCAAUAUCUGCUACUGGAACUGACCAAUGGAACCUUGAGGACUCGUUUGGAAAGGGGUGAAGGAGAAUCCAUUUUGUAUUCCCCAACGUGGAUGGUUUUAAAAAACAGAGAGACUUACCAAGUGAAUUUGAUCAUUUCAGAGUCUCAGCUGUCUUUAACACUAAACAACUUUACCAGCAUCCUGGAUCUUCCUUGGUCCUCACAAAAGUUGAACUUUGACCGUAGCAUCUUCCUAGGUGGAACUGGUACAAGCAACAUUCCAUAUCAUUUGCAGACCAUUCCUACUUUUUAUGGAUGCAUCUUAGAGGCCAGAUUUGACAACAUUGACUUGCUUUCCAGUUCCUAUCCUCAAGCAGAGCUCCAUGGGCAAUGGGAAGAUUGCCCAAUCAACUCACUGUCUAAUUUAGCUGAAUCCUUUGGAUUUCUUGGGCCACGUUCAUACAUAAUAUUCCCUAACUGGGAUAUGAAAUCAAAAGGAUCAAUUAGUCUGACUCUGGAGACAUCAAGACCAGGACGUGCCCCACUAAUCUACCAGUCUGGACCACAAAAAUCCUACUUAUACUUUGAAAUUGCUGGUGGUCACUUACAGGGUACACUAUAUACAGGAAGGUCUGUAGUAAAAAUUCAAAAUAUGGUUUAUGUAAGUGACAGCCAGCCACAUGAUAUCCACGUUUUUAUAGAUAAAUCUAAAAUGCAGCUCAUUGUGGAUACAACCACCUCUCAGGUCUCUCUUGAUAAUCUUGGACAAAAGUUAGAUUUACAAGGAAAUCUUUAUCUUGGAGGAAUAGAUGAGAUCUCACUGGCUAAGAUAAGGGAAGGCCCUCUAGGUCGACUUUUUAUAGAUGAUAUGGAAUACAGAUCUUUUUCCGGCUGUGUCACAGAUUUGAAGAUAAAUUCCAUGAACAAAAGGCUUUAUGACGCUUUGGUUAGAAGAGAUAUUACAAAUGGCUGUCAUGAGUAUGAUGACUAUGCUGAAUAUGAGGUCACCACUCCAUCCUUUUCCCCUGCCACCAGUGCAGUGUCCACUGUUAUUAGCAAUAUUUUUGAUAUUUGCAAGAUGGAAUCCAGUAGUACUAAACUAACCUCUCUUCUUAACCCAAAGCCAUUGUUAGUAACAAGAGGGGGCUUUUCCAUUCUGGAAUGGAGACAUUUCCAUCCCACAAUUGACCUAAGAAAGUCUGGAUUACGUCAGUCUCAGUUCCUUUUCAGUAUAGUGAAUGACACUCAAAAAGGACAUUGGGAACUUGACAUACCGGGUGCUGAAUCUAGACGAAAAUUUACGCUACUAGAUGUUGCCAAUCACAGAGUAAAAUAUGUUCAUGAUGGAUCACAGUCACAUGAAGACCACCUGAUUUUGGAGGUUUCAUUGGCCAGUAGUGUAAACAUUCCAGAAUGCCUGAAGAAGGCUCAACGUUACAAUCUUACAAUAAACAUUUCCCCUUCUACAGCAAUACCAGCUAUUGAGUUUCCUAAGGGUAAUAUAUUAGGAAUUUUAAAAGGAGGUAGGAAAGUGCUAACAGGGGAUAUCAAGAUCAAUGACCCUGAUACACCAUGUGAUCUUCUCAAGAUUUAUAUUAUGGGGAAUUCUAAAGAAGGACAUGUUGAAUUUCAACACAAGCCUGGAAAAGCCAUUCAAGAAUUUUCAUGCAAGGAUUUAGAAGAAGGCCGAGUGGUAUUUAUCCAUAAGUCUGGACAAGAGGCACAGCUAACACUACAGGCUACUGAUGGAGCAACAAGAAGCUCCUUGGCAUAUGCUAGAUUUAUAGUGCUGGACCCUCAAAAGAACUUGACAUCAAAAGCUGUGGUGGUAUCAGAGGGAUCAUCUGUAUUGAUCACGCCUUCCAACCUUCCUGUAUUGGCCAAUUCAGAUAAAAUGGGAAUAGAAACCAUGUAUAACUUAGUUGAAAACCCCAAACUAGGAGUUAUACAGAAACUGGUGGCUGGAGAAGAAUGGAAAGCCACAGACACUUUUAAACAGAGUGACUUAGAGAAAGCAGGAGUGAGGUACCUCAGCACAGUUUCAGAUAUUAUGGGUGAUGAAAUGAGUGAAAAUCUGAACAUUCAGCUAAGGCUUGGAUCACAAUUAAUGAGUAAUCAGACAUUGCAAGUCAAGGUAAAACGGUCAGGUAUAAAAAUGAUGAGGAUGAUCCCUUUGAAGCUAGGAAAAACACGGGAAAUUAUUCUAUCGCAUAAGCACUUACAGGUAGACACAAUAAUGCAAGGUCAUGAAUUGGCAUUAUUCACAUACUUAAUUGUUCAGUCUCCCAAGAAGGGAAAUCUACAGUUUGAUGGUAGGCGACUCAUUGAAGGCUCAAGAUUUUCCCAAGAAGACCUAGUGAAGGAGCGCAUCAGUUACAUAGCUACAGUACGUAAUACAAAAGAUACUGAAGACCAGUUUCAGUUCCAGGUCUUGUAUCAUGGUAAGGCUUCCACAGUGUACACAUACAAGUUUCUGAUUGGUGCAGAUCCAGAUGCUCCUCUACUUAUUAAUCAAAUAUUACAUGUGUUGGAAGGGGGGCAGGAGGCAAUAACCUCAGACCAACUUUUUUUAAAAAGUGGUAGCUUUGUUGAUUUUGUUUAUGAAGUAAUUGAUGGGCCCCAACAUGGAACAUUAAUAAGGAAAGGAAGUCCACAGUCUGGUGAUCCUAUAGAAGAAGGAAUAUCAGAAUUUACCAAUGAUGACAUCCUUGAUGGCUUAAUUUUUUACCAGCAUGAUGGCUCUGAAACUACUGAAGAUGAUAUACCAUUUGUAGCGUCACGGCAGCCAGAUGGCAGUGCCUCUGAUACGAGUGGAGAAGAAGAGUAUGAAGAUCAGGAGGUGGUGAGAGGUGUCUUCCGUAUGUCUAUUCAACCUGUUAAUGACAACCCACCUUUACAAAUAGUGCAGAAAGUUUUCACUGUAGUCCGCGAUGGACAGAAAUUGCUAACUACAAAUGAUAUUGCAUUCUUAGAUCCAGACUCAGGAUCAACAGAUGCACAAAUAGUGCUAGUUCGAUACGGAGUUCCCUUUGGAAGAAUUGUCUUUGUGGAUAACCCAUCACUUGUUGUUGUCAGAUUCACACAGGAGGACCUCCGAAGACACAGAAUUCUGUUUAUACAUAGUGGACCAGACCAGGGUUCUAUACAGUUAAGAGUGUCUGAUGGGCUUCACCAUCUUACCACUAUUUUAGAAGUGCAAGCGUCUGAACCUUACAUUCUUAUUUCUAAUAUCACCACCUUAAAUGUGCUUCCUGGUGGCAAAGAGACACUGUCUGCCACAAAUUUUAAACUGGAGACCAACUUAGAUCUACGUACAGAAGAUGAAAUCAAAUACUAUAUCAGUACUAAACCACGAUGGGGAGAAGUUUUAAAAGGGGGGCAACCCACAGAUUAUUUUUCACAACAAGACUUGGCAGAUGGACUUGUAGCUUAUCAACACAGCAAAGAAGGAAGUAACAGGGAUCAUUUCCGGAUUUCUGUUGAAGCUAAUCAGGUGGUGGCUGUGGGUGACAUCAAGGUGCAAGUACUCACUGAUUCUCCACCGGUGACUCUGAAUGUUAUCCAUAAUGAGAAGGUGUAUGUCUUUCAGGGAGAAUCUGCAAAGAUUAAUAAGGAGUAUCUUAUGGUCUCUGCAGACAGUGAAUUCCCACACAAGAUUGCAUAUAGUCUGACAGAUCCCCCAUCUUUUGGAUAUUUGGUCUCUAGCAGUGGGGAGCCGUCUUCUGAUGGGUCACCAAGUUUGGACUCUGUACAGACUUUUACCCAGGAGGAUAUUAACAAUGGAAAGAUCCUGUAUUUGCAUUCAGCCUCAGAAAUGAUCCCGGACCGCAUGACACUAGAGGUAUCUGCAGGAGACACAACUGAAGAGAUUGUCGUCCUUCUAGAAAUUUUGCCCAUCUAUAUACCAGUGGAAGCCAGUGAUUUGAUGGUAAAGGAGGGUGGGAAAACUGUUCUCUCCAGCAGCAUACUACAGAUUCACAGUGAUUACUAUCUCAGUCUCCAUCUAGAAUUUCUAGUGUUGGAUGAACCGGUGAAUGGACGUAUUACUAACGCAGAGGGACGAGAUCUAAAAAACUUCAGCUGGAAUCAAUUUAAUCAAGGACAAGUAUUGUAUGAGCACAAUGGCAGUGAAACCAAGAAUGACAGCUUCACAAUUAUAGUCAAUGCAGCAGAUGUAAACCGCCAGAGCCAAUCAAUAACUAUCAACGUAACUGUGAAAUCUGUAAAUGAUGAGAAGCCACGCCUGAUCACAAACACUGGCAUGCAGAUUCUGGAGGGUAAUACUGAUAUCAUCCCCCCACAAGUCCUGCAAAGUAUUGAUGAUGACUCAUCACCUGAAGAGUUGAUAUAUUCCUUCCUUCCACCAUCCAAUGGAGAAGUGAUUGUAAGGGGGUUCCCUGGGACGCUUUCUAGUUUCUCACAGAAGGAUCUAGAACAAGGGAUGGUGCAAUUCAUGCACAAAGGAGAAUUGGAUGGUGGCUUCUUCUUCAAAGUAUCUGAUGGAGAAAAUGAAUCAGAGCAACACUUUUUCCACAUUCAAGCCACACGAAUCACAAUCCAAAUGCAGACAAUGCAUAACCUCAUAGUAUGUCCUCGAUCCCUGCAACAGAUCACCAGCCAGCACCUGAACGCAGUGACAAAUGAUGGCAAGAGCACAUCAUUUGAUCUGGUGUAUCAUAUUGAAAAUGCUCCACAGAUUGGUCAAAUCAGACAUCAAGGAAAUCUUGAAGGGCCAGCAGUGACUAAUUUCACUCAGGCAGAAAUAGAUGAAGGUUUAAUAUAUUACCAGCAUGUGAUCAGUCCAUCUCCAUUUUGGAUUACUCAAGAUAACUUUUCAUUCCAUGUGCAGUCCCCACAGGCCAUAUCCCAAAAUUAUAUCUUUAAUGUGACAGUAACAUUCAAGGAUCCAUGUCCGCAACUGCACACACAACUCUGGAAAAACACAGGUUUUGAUAUCGUACAAGGCGGUUCUUCCCCCAUCACUUCCAACUCACUUGAUGCAUCCAACCUUUUAGCAAAUCCAAAUACAUCAAGACUUACUCACGAUGUGGUUUUCUUUGUUACCAAUUUCCCUUCAGAGGGUCAUCUCUCUCUACAUGGUGCCGUACUCAGCCCAGAGACUCCAUAUUUCUUACAGUCACAUUUGGAGAAUGGAACCUUGUUGUACACUAAUACCAAAGCAAACAGCCUUCAUGACAGUUUUAAGUUUAAGGCUCAGCUGCAUCCCAAAUCAGAGUCUUACAAUGAACUUAACCAAACGGAAACCAUCUGGAUAGUUACAGAGUCAUUUAACAUAACAUUUACAAGUCUACCCUUGUUACCUGACAUACAUUCACCAAAAUCUAAAUUAUACCUAGCAGUGGGCUCAAAUGUUUCUCUCACUCCAGAUUACAUAUCUGUAGAUAAUGCUUUGGUUUCUUCUGAUAAGAUUAUUUAUUCUAUAGUGGAAGCCCCCUUAGGUAUAUCAGUUGCAAGAGGUGGGAACCAGUCUAUGACAUUGUCAAAAUUCACACAACAUGACCUUGCCAGUUCAACACUUAUCCUUUUGGCUAACCUCACUGCAGUUUCAGGAGAAAUCAUAUUUAAUAUUUCCAAUGGACAACAUACUCUUAUAGAAAAACUAACUGUAAAGGUAUUGCCUGUAUAUCAGGCUGUUCUUGAAGUUAGGCAAGCAUCUGGCAAGGCCAUUAUUACAAUGACACAAAUGCAAACAAUACCGAAAAGAACUACAGAAACAUUUAUCUAUAAAAUCACAAGGAAACCAAGUUAUGGUGACAUAGUAGUUGGCCACAUACCAGUUACUGAGUUCAAUGAGGAACAGGUAAACAAAAAUGAAUUAGCUUAUACCUUUACCAGUUUCUUAUCCAACCAGGAUCAGUUUGAAUAUUUUGUCUUUUCCGAUCAGGGUGAAGAAGCUGUUGGAAAAAUAACAAUAGAGGUUUCUCCAAUGGUGAAAAUAGGAAACAAGCAACAAUGGCCACGAGGCUGUACCAUUAGACUAGGGCCAGAUGUUGUUGAUGCAAGUGAGUUAGGUAAACUUACAAAAAGUGUCCCUCAGUUCAGAGUUAUCCAUCACCCAAGGGAAGGGAAGGUAGUAAGAUUUCCCUAUGAGGGUGGUAGAGGAGAAGCAACCAGCACUAAUGCAUUUUCACAACAAGAGCUAGAAAGUGGAUUUAUAGGAGUGGAGUUAAGGGAAGAUGAGCAGACUGGAACAGGUAUACGGGGGGAUAGGCUUCAUUUGGUAGUCAGUGCUAGUCAAGUACCUCCAGCAAAUGUUACUGUAAGGUUUAGUACUGUACCUUUCAACUCUUCCCAUUCCUAUAGUGCUACCCUACUCAGGAAAGUUGCAGAUUUAGAGACUACUACAAAUGUAGCCACAUCUACGACAGCCUUUGCAUCCACAAGAAUUUUUACCACAAACAAGCAAUCUCCAACUAUCGGGUCAACCAUUCUUCUAGAAUCUAUGACUAGUGAGUCAAGCACACAGUUACAGACCACAGCACCAUUUGCUUCUACUACUGGUUUAACUACAAUCAAAACUUUAGAUCGAGUCUCAACCUCUGCAAUUACACCAGCCCUUGUACCUACCACAUACCCAGACAUUUCCAAGAACAGUACAAAUACUGUAACACAAGACUUUUGGGUGUCAGAAGACCUAACUACAAGUGCCACUCAUGAUGUAUUCUUAAAUACAACAAAUGUGAAUGCAUCCACAAUACCAAACACAGCUAGGGAAGAUACACUGCUUGGAUUUAUGAAUACCCAUAUGUAUAGUAUCCUACUACCUAUUUGUAUAGUAUUACUUCUUAUUUUACUUGGACUUCUUAUUUUAGCUUAUUUUGUACGGAGAAAAAAAAUGGGAAAACACCAUGUUCAAAAAGCUGCCACUUCCGCUGCCAAGACUGAGAACGGAGCUGCAGAUCGGCAAACAUUUCGUCCAACUGAGCCGGACAGUGAUAUCCCCCUUUGUGAUGUUGGAGGGCACAGGGGCAAUGGAGUUGGUGGAAAUGGACAGCCAGGCAGUCAGUACUGGGUGUGACAACUGAAGGAAAUCUUUCCUAGGUUGGCAUUAAACGCGGGAAUUUUCCUCCCAACCGCACUCAGGAUGGUAAAUUUGUAUUUCCCACGCCUGGCACUUUUCUAUUUUUUAAAGAAGCAGUGCAGUUUGGGACUAUUCUAAUAAUUAUGCAAGAUAAGGACAUCCUUGCCUUUGCAAUAUGGUCAAGCUGUACUGGACGCAGCAGCAUUUAAUAGCUAUUAUCCCAGAAGCUGGGCUACGUAGAACGUUGACGGCUUCCUGGCAUCUGGACAAGAAAAAGUGUGCAUGGUUUAACAGUACUGUAUCCUUCCACGGGUAUGUGUGAAAUACUGUAGGCACAUUGAACAGUAAGUAACAUUGGAAUCCCUGUAUGUUUCAUAGGACACUGGUUGACCAGCCUCUGCAACGAAACCUAUCUAAGCUGUUUCAUUCAACAGACCAAUCCUAGCUACAAGUUAGAAUUCUAAUUUUAUUUAGAUUUUACAAAAUUGCUUGCUAAAUAUUUUGUGCAAAGCUUGUAGCUGUAUUGCAAACCGGUUUCUUGUCAUUAUGUUAUGAAACUGCUAUUGCUAAUGUGCUGUGUAAGUGGCAAGCCAGUUGUUUUU